AUGAGCACAAAUACAUAUUGUUUAACUGCAGCAUCUGGAACAGCAAGUACAAAAACUGCAACUACUAGAACAGAGGCCAGGAUUUCAUCUACAACCCCUAAGCCAGCAAGUACAGCUGUAAAUACUAGAACUACAGCCAGGAUCUCAACAGCAACAUCUGGAACAGCAAGUACAAAAACUGCAACUACUAGAACAGAGGCCAGGAUUUCAUCUACAACCCCUAAGCCAGCAAGUACAGCUGUAAAUACUAGAACUACAGCCAGGAUCUCAACAGCAACAUCUGGAACAGCAAGUACAAAAACUGCAACAACUAGAACAGAGGCCAGGAUUUCAUCUACAACUCCUAAAACCCCAACUAUAAGGAUAUAA